AUGGCUUUCGAGGCGAGCCCUGACCCUGACAUGUCACUGGACGCUACCGCGAGGGAGGAUGGGCAGCAAAAACUCGGCAGCCCUUCGAGUCCGAGGAGUCAGCCAUUGGAGCCGGACAUCCUGCCCUGUUUGCUCCAGUACCUCCCAGCUCGCGCAAGGCGGACACUGUGCCGGCAAGAAUACCAUGCCGUCCAGAAAGAAGUCCAACCGAAACUGAGACAGGUCUGGGAGAGGCUGAGUGCGGAGGUGGACCGCUGCGAGGCUGAGUUCCAUCAUGCCUGUGGCUCAUGCACGCCGGAGCUGUGCUUUGGCUCCGUGUGCUUAGCCUUAGUGGCACGACAGCCCAGGUUGUGUCAGCUGGUCUUCCCUGUCAUAGGCAUAGCAGCAGGAGUAGUGAGUCUGAGUUGUGUGAUGCCAAGCUGCGUGAAAAGCGCUGUGGCGCGGAGACGGAUGCAGCUGUUUCCCGUGCAGCCCACUGCCCAAGUUCCUGAGAUGGGCAUGCUGGUGGGUGCCUGA